CGCGAACUGCCCUUUUACCAUCUGCCGUAUAAAUAGAAAAAUCGUCAAAAUUCCACUCAGUGAUUCAGCGUUCACUAGUGGUAGUUUUCUGAAUAUUCAAUAUGAUAAUUCUUGUGGCCAUUCUGAGUGUAGUGGCGCUAACUUCGGCCCGACCGGAGGCAGGCUACAGCUACAGCGCCCCCAGCGGCCCGAGCGCCCCCGGAGGCGGCUACCCAUCGGGCCCUUCGACUUCCUACGGAGCGCCGCCAGCACAGCCCGUCGUCCAGAAGCACGUCUACGUGCACGUGCCGCCCCCGGAGACCGACAUCCCCGCCCCCAGGAAACCCAUCACCGUAGCGCCACCUCAGAAACACUACAAGAUCAUAUUCAUCAAGGCGCCUACGCCUCCGACUCCGACCGCCCCCAUCAUUCCGGCUCAACCGCAAAACGAGGAGAAGACCUUGGUUUACGUACUGGUCAAGAAGCCUGAACCUGAACCAGAAAUUGUUAUUCCUACACCGGCUCCCACGCAGCCCAGCAAGCCUGAAGUUUACUUCAUCAGAUACAAGACUCAGAAAGAGGAAGGUGGUUAUCCAGCCAGCGGUACUCCAGACAGCUCGUACGGAGCCCCACCGUCGUCGGGACCUUCUGGCGAGUAUGGAGCACCCAGCCGGUUCUAGAGCCACGGCGCGUUUGAGUUGUAAAUUUGUAAAUAUUAUUAAAAUAAUGCCAGUUUUAUUUUUUUAUAAGAUGUGAUUUUUUUUUAUUAGCGUGGUAAUUGAAGUUGAUAAGCGGUUGACAAAUGUAUUUUAAGUAGGUAAUUUAGGUUUGUAAGCGACAAAUAAGAGCAGAAAUAUGGAUUAAGUUCUGUUUCAUGUGAAAGCGUCGGCUAGGAUUAAGUCCUGGAUAAGUCAGGGCUGUUUAACAGCCGGUUAGCGGUUUCAUGUGAAACAGGGGAUUUUAUCAGCAGUCAUUUUGUUAUUGUUAAUUACAUCAUUUAGAAUGGAAAAUUGUAACAGCUUAAUUUGAAGUAAAUUCUUCACUAUUUUGGACAUUUCAUAAAUGAUUGUAUGAAUAAGAUAAAAUAUUUCGCGAUUUUUCGUCACUUUUUUAUUGAAUACGAAUCGAGAGAGC